AUGAACAAAAACACCAUUGAAGGAAAGGUCGUCUUUCUGACUGGAGCCGGCUCCGGAAUUGGACGGGCGACAGCACUGAAGCUCAGUAAACUGGGGGCACGCCUGGCGCUCAGCGACAUCAACAUCGAAUCAUGCCGGGAAACCGCCAAGCAAUGCGCUGGAGGCCCUCACCAAGUGACCCUGCUCAAUGUGGCCGAGUACAAGCGCUGCAUCGAGACUGUCAAGGACGCGAUAGGCUAUUUUGGACGUAUUGACCAUGUGUUCAAUUGUGCGGGCAUUAACCCCGUCGCACGCGACUUGGUCGACUGCAGCGAAGAUUACUUUGACAAGCUGGUUGCUGUCAACCUCAAGGGCGUGUACAACGUCACCAAGGCCACCAUUCCAUACUUGCGCAGUGGAAGUGCUAUUGCCAAUGUGUCUUCUAUCUGUGGCAUCCACCCUCACAAGCAGAUGGCCAUUUACUGCGCAACUAAGUACGGCAUCAUCGGUUUCUCAAAGUCCAUGGCUCUGGAGCUGGGUCCCAAGGGCAUUCGUGUCAACGUCGUUGCUCCUGGAUACAUCGAGACACCAACCAAUGCUAGCGUCGUUGCUGGUGAGGAGGCGCUUAAGAAGACAACCGAGCAAGUGGCCAUGGGACGUAUGGGCAAGGCCAGCGAGAUUGCCGACGUGGUAGCUUUCCUUAUGGGCGAUGAGAGCAGGUACAUGAACGGAUCUGUCGUCGAGGUCAACGGCGGCACUGGAUAG